UCCCAAGCUCUGUAAGACUUGUUGAGAGCUCAAAUUCGAGUCUCUUUCCCACCGCACCGACCAGUUCGGAUGCUCUACUGUCCUCCUCGGAGGUCAGAUUUUCUAACGACUCCGAUAAGGGACUGAUGCCAAGUUCAAGUGGAUAUUCUAUAGAACCCACCGCGUCACUGACCUCCACAAUCCCUCCAAGGUCGAGUACGAUACUCUCGUUUAAUACGUAUGCUGCAGUUUCUUCGCCAAUUUUCACUUCUUCGGUUGGAUCGAGUCCAACCCUACUCCUUCUUUCCUCAACUGCAGUACCAAUAAUCAGUACAGAACUCGUGCCAACUUUUACAAGUAGACUUUCGUCAUCCGAGGUAACUUUCAUCACAACGCCCUCCCAAACCCCACCAGUUGCCACGACAACCGCCAUUACAUCAUCGACAAGCAGUGUGGCGUUGAGACCCACCUCGGUUGUCGUGGUUACGAGCAGUGUUGCCAUGGUGAUGAGUAGCAGCGUGAACGGGACGGGGGGAGGGGUCCAGGCACCUGCCGGCUCGGGUGGUCUGCCCCUGGCUGUGUUGGUGGGGAUCGUCAUAGCAUGCUGUGUCUUCGUUACAAUAUGUGUAGUGCUGAUGAUCCUGCUGUGCUUUAAGAGAGGGGGUGCGUACGGCGCGGGGUCCAAGAAGCCCAGCCCAGCUAACGGUGGUCUGUGGGACGACGGCGUUACUCUCAGCUAUAUCAACAGUCAUAUAGAACUACCAAAGGAACAGGGAGAAGAGAUGAAAUCGCUAGAAGGAGAGACAGAUGACCCAACCCCUGCAGCCUUCACUAACUAUGGCUACACUGAUGAGGCUAACACAGUCAGCACCAGACUUUAGAUUAACGAACAUGCCUAGAAUAGCAAAGUUCUU